AUGGAGGAUAAUAAUAAGAAACCAAACGAUCACACCGGUUGUUCAGACACUGUUGACAAGGAUUUGUCAUAUGAUUCUGAGAGCGAGGCUAAUCAUGAUGAAAACCUUGCUGCGUCGGCACAACCAGAUUUAGUUGUCGCGAACGAUGAGAACAGAUUGGUAUGGCGACUACGUUUGCUGGUUGCUUUUGUCCUCAUGACUGCUAUGAUUGCAGUGUGUGUAGGGGUAUACUUGAAUGGGCGCAAUGAUCAACAAGAUAGCUUUGAGAAAGAAUUUGCAGGCUUGGCAGACAAGCUCGUCAUUUCGUUUGAAUCUGUCGUGAAACAGCGCUUUGGUGCCAUCGAUAUGUUCUUCUCUGGUUUGACUGCCUAUAGCAACCAGACCGCUUGGCCACUUGUAACCCCUCCUGACUACACAAGACGUGCCUCAGAAUUGCACGCAAUGGCUGGGUUGUCCUUGUCGCUCUUGUUGCCGAGGAUUGAAGCAAAUCGUCGCACCGAAUGGGAAGCGUAUUCAAAUGCCAAUCAAGGUCAUUUGCGAGAGGGUUUGGCGUACAUGCAGGGCGUGGAUGCAGCAGAAAUAGACGUGACACCUAUAUUUCCUGUUAUAAUGGAUCUUGAAUCCAAUCCAGGCUCAUAUGUUCCAGAGUCAGGGCCUGGUCCAUAUUACCCUAUAUGGAUGAUGCACCCUCCAAGCAAUCCCUCCGGCAUAAAUGUCAACAUUCAUAGAAAUUCUGAAAACACGGAAAUUAUGGACUUUGCUGUUGCCAACAAAAGGCCUGCUUUUGGAUUAAGCGAAGACUACCUUGAUCCUACUAGGCCAAGGGAUGAUAGGUACAAUUCGUUUUCAAACACACCAAACUGGAACUAUCAAGAUGAUGCAUUUGCCAUUGCUCAGUUUCCUGUAUUUGAUAAACUCGCGGGAGACCGUUCCGUUGUAGCGAUUUUCUAUACCAUUAUCUACUGGAGAACCUAUUUCGAUGGGCUUUUGCCCAAAGGUUCCAAUGGUAUCCACGUCAUCCUAGAAAACACAUGUGGCCAGCAGUACACUUACAUCGUUGACGGCCUAGAAGCACAGUUUGAAGGUCACGGUGACCUCCAUUCACCCGAGUAUGACUACUUGCGACGAGAAACUAAAAUCGAUUUGAUCCUUGAUCGAGAUCAAACUUUUGUUGACGAAGAUCCUACUUGUCACUACAGCAUCCGAGUGUAUCCUUCUGACACGUUCCGCGACAGUUACGAAACCAACGAGCCUGCACUGUUUGCAAUCGUUCUUGCUGUCGUUUUUGUGUUCACGGCUGCAGUUUUUCUCCUGUACGACUACAUGGUAGAAAGACGACAGAAGGUGGUCAUGAAAUCGGCAAUGCAGUCUGGAAAACUGGUACAUUCCCUUUUUCCAGAAGCCGUCAGGGACCGUUUGUAUGAGGACCAAGACCAAGAGGCAGCAAAUAAGGCUGCUACAUGGAAAACGGGAGCUAACGGAGGUGUGGUUGAGCGCAAGCAAGCCAUUGCCAGCGAGUACCCCGAGACCACCAUCUUCUUCGCAGACCUCGUCGGGUUCACCAAAUGGAGUGCGACAAGAACGCCCGUUGAGGUGUUCGAACUGUUGGAAGCUUUGUAUGGAGCGUUUGACACCAUUGCCAACAAAAGAGGUGUCUUCAAGGUUGAGACCAUCGGCGAUUGCUACGUGGCGGUCACCGGACUCCCAAAUCCGCAAGAAAAGCAUGCGGAGAUCAUGGUGAGAUUUUCUGUCGAUUGCCUUGCAAAAAUGAGAAAUGUGGUUCUGUCACUGGUAGACUCCUUGGGAGAUGAUACAGCAAAUCUGGCCAUGCGUGUAGGUCUGCACAGUGGACCAGUCACCGGGGGUGUCCUUCGUGGACAGAAGUCUAGGUAUCAGCUCUUUGGAGAUACUGUGAAUACUGCGUCAAGGAUGGAGAGCAAUGGAACAACUGGCAUGAUCCAUGUGUCCCAAUCCACAGCUGAUGAGCUAGUGAAGCUAGGAAGGUCUUCGUGGCUAGUGGCUUGUGACGAAAAGUUGCCAAUCAAGGGGAAAGGUGACAUGCAGACAUAUUUCGUCCGGCCUACCAGCUUGACUACGUCGGUUUCGCGGCAGUCAACAAAUUAG